AUGGCCAAAGCUAGUAGAAUCUGUCAUCUUUUGUUAAGGUUCUUGGCUUUCUCGGCCACCCUUUCUGCAGUAAUUGUCAUGGUUUCUAGCCAUGAAAAAGCUACUUUCUUUACUGUUUCCUUUGAAGCAAAAUACACCAACUCUCCUUCCUUCAAGUACUUUGUGAUUGCAAACUCCAUUGUUACUGUCUAUGGAUUUUUUAUACUCUUUCUUCCGGCAGAAAGCUUGCUCUGGCAACUCGUGGUCGCCACCGAUAUGGUAUUGACCAUGUUACUCAUCUCAAGCAUAUCUGCAGCUUUGGCUAUAGCUCAAGUGGCAAAGAGAGGAAACAGUUAUGCAGCUUGGUUACCAAUAUGUAGUUCAGUCCCCAAAUUUUGCAAUCAUAUGACUGGAUCUUUAAUUGCGAGUUUCGUCGGAGUAGUUAUAUACAUGAUUCUUCUGUUGCUUUCCAUUCAUAGGGUCCUUGACCCUCUCCUCUUGAGAAAAACUUGA